AGCAAGGCAUCCACAUUAAUUUUGAAGGGGCAUGGGUUCCGGGCAAAAGCUGUGUCAGCUUUCUUUCUUGCAUGAUUCUAGGUAGUAAUCAACAACAUGGCUUCUUACCCGCCUUCAAUUUCAAUUACAGAUGAUGAAGAUGAUGAAUAUGAUGCGGAGGAAGAAGAACAUAUAGAAGACGAAGAGAUUAAACAAGCUAUGGAAGCUUCUUUGGAUGAACAUGCCCAUCAACUUCAAUUGGAAGAAGUCAUUGCGUAUUCAGACGAAGUGUAUGCCUGGGAAUUGCAGCUUCAAGAGGCUCUAACUGCGUCAUCGAAUGGAUGUUCUUCUUCGUCAGCCCCAAUUGCAACCUCUUCACAACAAAUUCAAGAAUUGCAGGAAUACGAUGAUGAUAUCCAGGUUACAUGUGGCAAGCGACCCAGAAGCGAUAGUGUAUUGAUUUCCUCGCCCAAAAGGGCUAGGAUAGAGAAUGAAGUGAUCCCUUUAAUAUUAUGUGGGAUUUGCUUAGAAGCGAAACAGCCAUCUGAAAUUUUUGACAGGGAUGGUUGUUCUCACAAAUUUUGCCAUAACUGCAUAGCGCAACUUGUCCUCUCCAAGUUGAAGGAGAAACUUUUACCCAUAAGUUGCCCCGAGCCAAGUUGCAACCAGAAUUUGAGCCCUGAUGAGUGUGAACCUUUCGUUCCUUCUGAAACAUUUUAUUUGUGGCAUUCAGUAUUGGUGGAAGCUGAUAUUCCUGAGUGUCAGAGGUAUUAUUGCCCUUAUAAGGAUUGCUCUGAGCUCCUGUUGAAGGAUGUGCCUGAAGUCGGCAGCUCGACAGGGGCAGUGAUUAAGGGGUCAGUAUGCCCAAAGUGCAGAAGGAUGUUUUGUGCUCAAUGUGGGGUUCCCUGGCAUGCUGAUAUGGACUGCAAUGAGUAUCAGAGGUUGUCUCCUUCUGAGAGAGGGCAAGAUGAUUUAAAACUGAUGAAACUUGCAAAGGAGAAACAGUGGCAACGGUGCCCUAAAUGCAAGAGGAUGGUUGAAAGAGAAUCUGGAUGUACUCACAUGACUUGCAGAUGCAAUUUCCAGUUUUGUUAUAAAUGUGGAUCAGAAUGGAAGAAUGCUAGAGUACCAUGUACAUGCCCUGGGUGGACAGAAGACGAUGAAGAAGAUUAAGUUACGCAGGGGAUCUUAUUUACAUUUUAAGAUCUGAGACCUGAUAUUAUGCCCAAUUUUGCAAGAUAUAUUCAAAGAAAGCUAGUUUUGUUACUUGUUUGCAUUACAUUCUUGCUGGUAACAGAGGCAAUUAUAAAUUUCUAAGGACAAUAAUACUGAAUCAACUAUUAUGUUAUUUUACUAUAAAUAAAAAUAGUACACCAUUCUGUAA